UUGAUCCCCCCCUAUACGGCCCGGACUUUCUGACUGCUUCUGGCUUCUUGUGUGCAGGUCUAGGCUGCGGAGACAGAAUAGAGUUGCGUGUCCAAUCUCAGACCAGCUAUGUCGGAGUCCUACGACUACCUCUUCAAGUUUCUGGUGAUUGGAAAUGCUGGAGUCGGCAAGUCCUGCCUCCUCCACCAGUUCAUCGAACAGAAAUUUAAGCAAGACUCCAACCACACAAUAGGGGUGGAGUUUGGUUCAAAGGUGGUGAACAUCAUCCAGAAGUCAGUGAAACUUCAAGUCUGGGACACGGCCGGCCAGGAGCGGUUCCGCUCAGUGACUCGCAGCUACUACCGUGGUGCCGCCGGUGCCCUGCUCGUCUAUGACAUAUCGAGUCGAGAGACGUACAAUGCCCUCACCAACUGGCUGACUGACGCCAGAACGCUGGCCAGCCCCAACAUUGUCAUUGUGUUGGUGGGGAACAAGAAGGACCUGGAGGCCGACAGGGAAGUCACUUUCAUGGAGGCUUCCAGAUUUGCCCAUGAAAAUGAGUUGUCAUUUCUGGAGACGAGUGCCCUGACGGGAGAGAAUGUGGAGGAGGUGUUUCUCAAGUGUACCAGAUCUAUUCUCUCAAAGAUCGAUGCUGGGGAGCUGGAUCCUGACAGAGUUGGCUCAGGGAUCCAAUACGGCAAUGCCCAACUUCGCAGAGUCACGCCGCAGCAGCAGAGUGGGACUAGUGAAAAGAAGAAGUGCUGCUAAUAUUAAUAUCUUAUUAUAGUUGUAAGAUGUUAUGUAUGUUGCGCCACUUUUUCAGUUCCCCAGAAAAUUUACGACAAUAAUUAUUGUGUUGUAUAUUAUGUGUACAGUAUUUUGGGAUUAUUGUGUUGUAAAUUUUUGUGCAUACUAGAUUAUAAUCACAUGGAAAAUGUCAAAACUGCAACAAUAGUCUUGCUGAUUUGCAGCUAAUAGUACAGAAAAGUCUGUAUGCUAUGGGCCAGUGCAGUGAUUUUGACGGCU